UAAUGGUUCAUCUCAAACUCAGCGAUGAUAACAUCUCUCAAUUGACGAAACCUUGGGAUGUUAUUUUCGCAUUAAAAUAUCAUACGAAGAUUUUACAAGAGAUGUUGGAGCAAACGAUAUCGAGUCAAAAAGAAAUCAAUGUUGAAAGUGAACUACCAAAUCUCUUUGCAAUAAUCGCUCUUGAUUCUAUUGUCACAAGAACAAGUUUUCUUCUGAAUAAAGAUGUUGAAGUCAUCACAGAUGAUUUAAAAAUGGUUUUGGAGAAAUUACUUUGCAUUGUUUUACAGUUGAUCGAGGUUUAUCAAAGUUUUGCCAGAUUUAGCUUACUGUGUCAUCAAAAUCUCAAAGUUUGUCAAAAAGAGAUCACAAUUUACUCCAAAGUCAUUAAAUUAUCAUCAUCAGUACUUGCUAAGAAUACAAUCUUUCCAGACCCUGUUAUAACAGGUCUUUCUCUCCCUGCUGAAGAGGUAAAGAAUUGGAAUAGAUUGGGUUCCAUUGAAUUUAACCCUUCAUUUGCUCGUGAAGAAGUAAUCAACGACAAUGUCACCACUGGCUACGAAAUGAUAAAUUCAUUAAUUGCUUCUCAUCUUAAACACAUGUCUUUCCGUUUUCCCUUCAAUCUUGAUGCAUCCAUUAGACAUGUCAUGAAAUCUCUUGUUCAACUCAUAUCUACUUUAGUCACGAAAGCAAAAGCUCGCUGCCUACCACUUAUGAAAAUGAAAUAUCGAAGGCCAUUAUUCCUCUGCUGGUUGAUGCCUCGAUGGAAUAUAUCUUUGAUGAAACUGAAAGUAUCUUAGAAGUCUGUUUUGGAUCUAUGGAUAAUGAAAAAUGCUCAGAAAAAAUACAAAGAUAUCUUUUAGAAAAUUGUUAUGAUCUUAUGAUUGAAAACAUUUCUUCACAAGAGUCAGUUUUGAAUGAAGACAUCUUUGUUGAUUGUGAAAGAUUCAUGGAAGGUCUACUGGAGCGUCCUGAAGGAAGGAAUACUUUGAAAAUUUUCUUUGAAGAUAACGAUAAAUUUGUUCGCCUUCUUUUGUUAUCUGCAAACCAGAAUUUUUCUCUUUCAUUUGUCUACCGAAUGUUAAAGUUUGUGUCACGUACACUGGAAACUUAUGAUAAAAAUCCAAAUGAUCCAACAGCUCUAGCGUUAGUCCAGUCCAUAUCGAAGAUCAGUGAUUGUUCAACGUUGCUGACGAUAUGGUUAAAUAGAAUUAUUGUCGGUGGACCUGCUGAUAAAGAAAUGACAGGGAAAAUGGCAGACAAUCGUCUAUUGCUUCAGUCGAUUGUUUCAUCGUUUGUUAAAGAAGAUAGUCCUGUAAGCAGCUCUGCGAUUGAUACAUUACUUGAUGCAAUCAUUCCUUUGGGAACGUGGUUACUAGACAUGGCAACUGAUUCAUCUGUUGUUAUUGGUUCAAAGUUCAUUGAUUUUCUUUCUGUAUCUUCAACCCUUGCUGGAUAUGGUGAUGGUAAAGGUCAUGUGAAAUUAAUGGAGGCUGUGGUUGUCUGGUUACAAUUUUGUAAAAUCUGUAUUGGUCAGGAGAAGGAACACACGAACAGUCUUAUUGAGUGCACAAAUGUUUUGCUGGCUCAUGUUGCCGAUGUUAUGGUGGUAUUGAAGCAUAUGGAUGAUGAUGCAAUCUGUAAUGGUUGUCAAGGUGAUGAUAGUUCCAGUGACAUAGAGUCAGAUGGCAUUGAUGAUGAUGAUGAAUCUGGAGCAGAAGAAUCUGAAGAAGAUAUUGAGGGAAAUCAACUGUGGAAUAAGUUGUGUACAUUCAGUACAACAAAAAAAGAAUUUGCAAAUCAACAUUGGUACCAUUGUCAUACAUGUGGUAUGAAUGACGGUGUUGGUGUGUGUACCAUCUGUGCAAAAGUCUGCCAUAAAAAUUGUGAUGUAACAUACGCUAAAUAUGGAUCUUUCUUCUGUGACUGUGGAGCAAAAGAAGAUGACAGUUGUAGGGCAAUGAAGAAAAGAAAUCCUCAUGAUGUGUCAGACAUUGAUAGUCCUGGUGGUAAACAUGUUCACAGUAGUUAUCGUCCAUUACAACGAACUGAAACUGUUCUUACUGUAAACAAUGAAUCAAAUUUUGAUCAACAUUUAAAAGAGAAAUCAACGUAUGAGUUUGGACAACCGAUAUUUCGACGUAAUUUAAGGAAAACAGUCGAGGUCAACAAGAAAUUUUUACUAAAUGUUAUUAAAGACAACCAUACUUGUUCUGCUCUUCUUGCUUUAUUGCAAACCUUUUCCCACGUGACGAGUCCUAUCAACACGCAUGCGCAAGCUGUAGGUGGAACAAGACAAAGAAUUGAUGAAGCUUUGGAUAAUCUUCAUUCCAUUGAAAAAUCAGUGGAUAAUAAUGAACAACUAGUGACGGUUUCAUCGAGUCCUCAAGAAGGAAAUUUUGAGAAUGUGAAGUUAGUUUGCAGUGGUGAACAUGGUCAAACUAUUCGACAGUUGUUGGCUUCUCAUGUUUUACGUCGUAUCUCUAUAUGUUGUCUUACAUCAAGUUACGGACGUCGUCAACAUCUUGCUGUUAGCCACGAUAAAGGAAAAAUAACCAUUGUUCAACUUUCUUCUUUGCUCAAACAAACUGACUCGAGUCGUCGUAAAUUGAACAUUAAUCGAUUGGCGACAACGCAAGUUCUCACAAUUUUAUCUUUAACUGGAAACAUCUGUAACGAAAGCUUCCUUGCUGUCGCUGGCCUCAAAGACUGUCAUGUUCUCACUUUAAGUAGCGCGGGCUCAACUCUCAAUCAUCUUGUUCUUCAUUUUCAGUUGGACAGCGGCAAUUUCAUUAUCAAAACAAUAUGGCUUCCUGGAUCUCAAACAGAACUUGCUAUCGUAACUGCCGACUUUGUUCAGAUUUACGACUUAUCAAAAGAUGCGCUCAGUCCUGUAUAUUAUUUUGUGUUACCUUCUGGCAAGAUACGUGAUGUAACAUUUGUGUUUCAAUCAUCAUUACGUGUGAUGUGUUUGAUAUCCUCCGAUGGACUCAUAUAUUCUCAACAACUGGAUGAAUCAAGUUCAGCAAAAUCAGGACCUUUUUAUUUAACAAAUAUAAUACCUAUAGUUCAUCCUGAUAUAAAUGAUAAUAAUGGUGAAAUAUGCGGUGGAGGUGUAUCUCUUUAUUAUUCACAUCGAUUACAAAUUAUAUUCUUCAGUUAUGUUCAAGGUAAAACCUUCCUUGGAACCUUUGGCGAGAAUCUGUCAAAAAUCACCAACAUAUUUCCAAUCAACGUGAAAUUGUCUAAUGCCAAUAAAACUGCUCUUAUCAGCUUAUGUCAAUGGUCUGAAGUUCUUCAACAUCCAGGUGUUUUGCUUUGUUCAACUCAUACAACAGGUCUUCCUGUUGUUCUCAUGGUUAAGCCUGAUUGUAUCUUGUACCAAGAAAUCAAGGUGUCAUCAAAAGCAAAAAUUCAGGAUAUACUUGCUGUUCGUCAUAAUCUUUCAAAUUCUGAGCAAUCAAGAACAUCAUUAAUCAUUCUUGGUGAAGAUGGUAGUCUCAAAGUUAACACUAUAAAUCAAGAACACACAAACUUUUGGAUGUCUUCGUCAUUUCGAUCGAUCAGUGCCGUUGCUUCGCUUAAGCCAUUCAAGACAAGAAAGUCAAAGAAACAUAUUGACAUUAGAUCAUCAAGCUCUCCUCAUUUUCCUAUUGAUUUCUUUGAAAGUUGUCAAGUAUUGAACGAUGUAGAGUUUGGUGGUCGAGAUAUUUUACAUGUGUAUAACAUUCAACAAGUGAAACAACGACUUAUGACUGCAGGAAUGUAUAUUGCAUGUACAAAGUUGAACAGUUUUUCUAUGACAAUAACAAAUUGUAACCCUGGUGUUGUUAUUGUUGGUGUUCGAGUUCUUGUUGGAUGUCAAGCCAUAGAUAAAGCUCCGAGUUUUAUUGAAGUCUUUGGUCGCGCAAUUGACAUUGAACUCAAAAGAAAUCGAUGGUUUGAUAUUCCAUUCACACGCGAGGAGGUCCUUUCCACUGACCGCACAAUAACAAUUACAUUUGGUCAAUCGCAUGAUGUUAGCAAUGUUACUAUGGUCGACUCCAUUAAAGUUUACUGCAAAAACAAGGAGGUUUUUGGUUGGCCUGAUGACUUACAGUAUGACGGUAUACCCUCAGCAACCCCUACAUCCUCCUCAGUAACUCUCAAUCCAUUCACUCAGCCAUCGGAGGUAAUAUCUAACGCUGCUGCGCCACUAUCACUGAAGGAAAUUAUCACUGCUAAUUGUUUGAGAGCUUUGGAUGGUCUGGUUACUUUGGUAUCAAAUGACGACGAGAGUCACCAGGAAAUCGUCACUAUAGCAACGUCAAUGUUGUCUUCACCUCUUCCUCAGCAAGUGCAAGAGCAAGCAAAAAUGUUGUUAGCUUCCUUGCAUCCUACCAAGAUGACUUAUAAUAAUCAUAAAGAUCUAGCACAGUUAAAGUACGUUGUCAACACUCUGUAUGAUAAUAACUUGGAGGACAUUGAUCCUGAAAUAUUUGAAAGAAUCGUUGUAAUGGCUCGAGCUGUUGCUGUCCAUCGGCCAGAGAAUAUCGUCAAAUUCACAUCGGAACUAACUGAAAAUUUCAGCACACCAUUUGCAAAACAAAUAAUUACAGCAUUUUGGAGUUUCUAUCGUUACCAACCAGUAAUUCUUCUUGUAUCUCUUGCUCGCUCUGGGACACAGUUUACUGAAAUGGUUGUCUUUGCUUUGGUGGAAAUACUUCAUGCUUUUGUCAUCACUGAUGUCAUACAUGUUCCCAUGGUUACACAACUUUAUAUUGACCUGUUACUAUGUGAGGACCAUCGUGUAAGCUUUGCGUGUAAACAUUCUCUAGCAUUUGUCCUCAGGCCCCGAACACGACGUUCUUCACCUAAGAAUGAACAAAAUAAGGCAAAUAUUGAUACCGAGGAAAAUUCACAAAAUGAUGAAGUCGAUGGAACCAGAAAUGUCUCCGCUACUGAAAAUGUUGGUCCUGGAGAAGCUAAUGGUGCUGACUCUAGUGCGCAUGUCACGCAGAGUGAUAACGAUAAUAUGAAUCGGUUGUGGUCAAGUGAGGAUGUACGUAACGACCGUCAACCUGAAUCUGGACCAUCAUCAGGAGGGAGUGGACCUUCAUUAGAAAGCAGUGGACCAUCAUCAGGAGGAAGUGGACCUUCAUUAGAAAGCAGUGGACCAUCAGCGUCAUCAAGUAAUCAACUUGGGGUUUUAUUAAAUUCUAGCUUCCCUGCUGUGUAUGAGCUCCCCCCAGAUGCUGAUGAUGAAGCGAUGAUGGAGCUUGCUAUAGCUCUAAGUUUACAAGAUCAAGGAGAAGAAUCUGCGAUGGGAUUACAUCAUCUUCUUGGAGAAGCAAUAGAAAAUGGUGCUCCUAUAGAUGAAACAGAAGGUUCCUCAUCUUCGGCAUCUGGUCAUGCAAGCGAAGAUGAUCUUGAACCAACCACUGGAUCUUUGGAUUUAGUUCCAAUUCAACCUGCAACUGAUGCACAACAAUCCAGUCAAGACCUGGGUUCAGUUAGUGAAGGAAGUGCUGAGUCAAUAUCCGGUGAAAGUCCUGUGGAUGAACAGGAGCAACAGGAGGAUGCAAUGGAAGUUGAGAGUGGAGUGGCAGCCAAUCCAAAACCUGAUGACAUAUCACGUGACAAAUAUGAUGAGGAUUUCCGUGAAAAACUCAACAAUCUGAACUUGGUCAUGCUUCGCUCUUUUAUUGAUCAUUUCCAUCGACUGACUGCUACUACUGGCCUUCAAGCGAUACCAUUCAUGCAGGUGCUGCUUAUGUUGUGUUUUGAUGUUGAUAACAGCGAUACAGAGAAAAAAGAACAACUUCAUCGUAUCCUGUUUUCAAAAUGUCUUCACGAACUACAUUUAAAUUCAUCAGAUAUAUCGAACAUAGCUUCUCGUACCAGUCCUCGUGAAGUGCAACUCAUCAUCAUGCGUUUUCUUAGUGUUCUUAUGUCGAGAUCAAGAUCAUCAAAUAAUUCUUCUGAAGAGGAUACGUCAUCACUAUCCAAUCAGGUGGCGACUUUACUUUUCGAUAACAACAUUAUGCGACAUUGUCUUACCGUUUUGCAACAUUUAACUGACCACUGGCAAAGCCGAAUUAAAUCUAGUGAAGAUGAAGAAACAAUUGUCAGCUUACUAAAACCACAACCCAGGCACUCUCCACCUGAUAUGUCGCCGUUUUUCUUAAAGCAAUAUGUUAAGAGUCAUGCAAGUGAUGUGUUCGAAGCUUAUCCUUUGCUUGUUACUGAAAUGGUUUUACGUUUAACUUAUCAAGUUAAGAAAAUUGUACAUGACAGUGAAAAGAGUGAAUUAUCUGAAGAGUGGUUCACAUGUCUUUUUGAGUAUAUGAUGCUUCAACAAACUUCAUUUGUAAAAAUCAAGAGACAAGUUCGUAAACUAUUACUGUUUCUUUGUGGAUCAAAAGAAAAUUAUCGAGAACAGAGAGACUCUCAUGCUCUUAAUCUCCACUUUAGAAUUGUCAGAGCCAUAUCUGAAGCUGGCGGAUUUAGUGAAAAUCAGGAAACAUCAAUGAACGUAGAAUAUGAUACUUUACUUGAGCUUAUUGAACACCUUAAAUCUACAGCUGAUAUUUCCACCAAUAGAACAAAGAAUUGGAAAACUUACUGCAUUAAGAAUACAAGAACUCUUUCAUUCUUAUUUAAAGUUAGCUAUGUUAUCAACGAAGGAGUAACGAGUACUAUUUUACACUUACUUACUUCUGCUCUUUGUAUAAACAAUGAGAGCGAGAAGAACUCAGAAAAUGAAGAAGCAUCCUGUCAGCUUCUUGUUAAACAGUUCAUUGAAAAUAUUGAUGUUGAAGACAUCAAACAAUUUGUUCGUUGUUUCUUGCUACAAUCCAACUCAACAAACAUUCGUUGGCAAGCCCAUUCUCUUAUUUACUCUACUCAUAAAAAUUGUGGUGUAGACUACCAAGAGAAGUUGUCUGAGAUGAUGUGGAGUCUAUGGCCUGAGUUACCUGUCUUUGGACGAAAAGCUGCCCAGUUUGUAGACCUUCUUGGUUAUUUCACGAUAAAAUCUUCCCUAUCGGAUCAUAAAGCCGCAGAGUUUUCUGAGAAAGCCAUGCUUUUGUUAAGGAAACAGAAUCAAAUUCUACGAAAUCAUGCGAAUUCAAACGUUUACAGGUUACUUUCGGGCCUUGUGGAUUUUGAUGGAUUCUAUUUAGAAAGUGAUCCCUGUUUAGUGUGCAACAAUCCCGAAGUUCCUUACAGUAAUAGUAAACUUUCAGCCAUUAAGUCUGAUGCAAGAUUUACCACGACAAAACAUAUGGUAAAGUUGAUUGGCAGUCACAACAUCUCUAAGGUUACCAUUCGUGUGAGUGACGUUAAAAGACAAAAGAUGGUGAAGACAAUCAACUUGUACUACAAUAAUCGUUCCGUUCAAUCUGUCGUUGAACUGAAGAACAAGAACGAUCUUUGGCAAAAAGCAAAGAGAUGUUCCUUAAUGCAAGGUCAAACUGAACUGAAGAUCGAAUUUCCUUUGCCUAUAGUUGCUUGUAACCUCAUGAUUGAGUAUGCUGACUUCUUUGAAAACCUUCAAGCGUCCUCUGAGACUCUUCAAUGUCCUCGAUGUAGUGCACCUGUUCCGGCUAAUCCUGGAGUUUGUGGAAACUGUGGAGAGAAUGUCUAUCAAUGUCAUAAAUGCCGGUCGAUUAAUUAUGACGAGAAGGAUCCAUUUUUGUGCAAUGCUUGUGGCUUUUGUAAAUACGCGAAGUUUGACAUCAGUCUCACGGCAAAGCCAUGUUGUGCUGUUGAUCCUAUAGAGAAUGAAGAAGACAGAAAGAAGGCUGUUGCAAGUAUUAACAACUUGUUGGAUCGUGCAGACAAAAUAUAUCGUCAAUUGGUCGCUCAACGUCAACCAUUGGAUUCGCUGUUGAUGAAAAUUUCUGAACAAGGAGACAACGAGUUGGUCAAGAAUGAAGCUGGCCAGAUUGUUACUACAACUACUAGUUCUGGCAGUCAAACAGCUGGCAGUCAUGCUGUUAAUAAGAAUAUUCAGGCUGUAGCUCAGAGAUAUUGUGUUGAUUGUAAAGGAAACUUUGAUGAGCUAAGUAAAAUUAUGCAGAACGUCCUAGCUUCACGUAAAGAAUUAAUUGAAUAUGAUAGAAAAGAACGCGACGAAAGAUCAAAUAAAGAAAAUGUGAUAAAUAAUUCAUACGCAAACAGUCAGUCUGUUCCUGGUCGUUGCUAUGGUUGUUCGUCAGCUGCUACUGAUCAUUGUGUAACUUUAUUAAAAGCUUUAGCUAUGAAGGCAUCCACUAGAAAUACACUCAUAAAAGAGGGUCUUAUUGUGGAGUUAGUAAAUUUUACAUUGUAUCAAGGAACAUCGUCCAUUAGACGAAACGUUCGAGAUUUGCUUUGUCUGUUGAUAAGAAAUAAUCCUGAAGCAACAGAGGAACUUGAUAAAAUAUUAAUGAGUCGUGUGAGUCAAGGUAUCGCAGUACAGAAUAUAAAUCCAUCAGUGUCAUCCUCCAUUAGUCGAGAUAUGAAACUUCUUACAACUGUUGUUCAGUUGGAAGAUAAAUGUUGGGAACAAAGAUUACGUUGUGUAACUCAACUUUUUCUACAAUCAGUUCAACAUGUGAGCCCCAUUGUUGUUCAAACUGUAACUUUACCAUGUCUGAAUAUUCUUGCACAAUUUGUAAAACCUAAACAAACUGUUAACAAGACCACGGGGCAAAAGAGUGUAAGUGAAGUGGCGACGUUUAAAGUAAGACCAACAAUCAAUGUUAACAUGAAAGACUGGAUCGACGCAAAACCAGAAGCAUGUUUUGAAGAAUGGAAGAACAGCAAGCUGUUGAAAACAAGCGAAAAUGAUGAGAAUCGUCAAGAUUCAGUAAAUGAAUCAUCAUAUCUUAGUGGUGAAUGGUUAAGAAAUGUUAUCUUUGCUCCUUCUUGUGGAACGUUAAGGCAGGUCGCUUGUAGCAUAGUGGAAACUAUUUGUCAGAUUCCAAACAGAAAAUGUCAUAUUUUAAAUAUACUUACAAGUUACCUUCAAGAUGUCGGUAAUGUCGGGGAGAAUGCAGCGGAAUUUUUCAAUUUAUACACGGACUUAAUGAAACCUGCCAGUUGGAAAGAAUAUCUUGCCUCAUGUGGAGCAUUGUUGAUUAUUCGAGAUCUUAUCAUCAAGGAAAUUGAACAGUUGACUGUUUUAGAAGAAACAUCUUUAUGUUCAGAUUUAUCCCAAGGUUACUCACUCAAAAGAUUAACAGAACUCAUGGCCUUGUUCAUUGAAGAGAAGAAAAUCAAACAAAACUUUAAAGUAAAACUAGUGGGAACAGUACUUAAUGGAUAUCUGUCAUUAAGACGACUUGUUGUCCAACGAACCAAGCUGGUCGAUCAGAGUCAGGAAAUACUAUUAAAUCUUCUUGGUGAGUUAACUUCAGGAACAGAAUCUGAGACGAGAGAGUUCAUGGCAAUUUGUGUAAACACUUUAAAUAGAUAUGAACUUGAAGACAUACGCACUCCUGUUUUCAUAUUUGAACGACUUUGUAACAUUAUAUUCCCUGAAGAGAACGAUACGAGCGAGUUUCUGUUGAUUUUGGAAAAAGAUCCUCAACAAGAAGAUUUCCUUCAAGGAAGAAUGCAAGGAAAUCCAUAUAAAUCUACUGAUAGUGGUUGGCCUUUAAUGAGAGAUGUUAAGAACAAGAUAUGUACGGAUUGUGAUCUUAUUGCUUUAUUGGAAGAUGACACUGGCAUGGAGCUUCUUGUAAACUCAAAGAUCAUUAGUUUGGAUUUACCAGUUAAAGAUGUGUAUAAGAAGAUAUGGUGUCCGCAAGGAGAGGGCGAAGCAAUGAAAGUAGUCUACCGUAUGAGAGGUUUACUUGGCGAUGCAACUGAAGACAUUGUUGAACAACUCGAUAAGAACAAUCAAGAAGGUGUUGAUGAUGAAGUAGUGUAUAAAAUGGCUAAUGUAAUGAGUGAAUGUGGAGGUCUAGAGGCCAUUUUAAAAAGGUUGUCUGGUCUUCGUAACUUGACACGAGGUCGACAUCUACUUGAAGUUCUUCUUAAACUUCUCGGGUUUUGUGUCAAAGUAAAGGCAAAUCGUGAAUAUUUGGCCAAACCUUCGCUGAAAACCUUGAAGAUUUUAUUGGACCGUUUGAAUCAGAUCCUACUCGUUGAGCAAACUUCGCCAAUUGGUAUCAAUAAAAUGUCGGAACAGAUUCUUGCUAUCAUUGAAGUAUUAUUACAAGCUGGAGGUGCUAAUAUUAAGCACAUGCAAGUUAAAACUCCUGAAAAUGAAGAGUUGCAGUUGCAAAUGUUAUUGGACAUCAUUAAAACACCUUACGUUCGAUCGAACAAGAACAUUUUGUUAUCACUGAUGCGUAUUCUUCCGUUUCUGACAUUUGGAGAUGAGAAAAGCAUGAACGCUUUGGUUGAUUAUUUUGAACCGUAUCUUGAUUUUGAAAAAUUCGAUCAAUCGCAUACUGACGAUGAAACAUUGUUUUUGGAAUGUUUCUGUAACAUUGCUGAGGGUAUUGAGAAUGACGAGAAUGGCAAUGAGUUAAAGAAUAUCAUAAUCAAAAGAAAUCUACUUCAAAAAGCCGUCAAUUAUCUAGAAAACUAUACUCCAACUCAAUCAUUCAGUACAUCAAAUUUAAGUGAAACUGACGCAUGGAGAGAAUUUCUUGCACGCUCUUCGCUUCCUUUUAUCCUCAAGUUUCUGUCAGGAAUGUGCAAGAAUCAUGAGCAAUCACAGUUGUCUGUGUCUAAAAGCGCUGUACCAUGUAUACAUCGUCUUGAACAAGUCUCCUCUGAAGAAAAAGUUGGUUCAUUGGCAGAAAACCUGAUGGAGGCUUUAAAAGAUCACCCUGAAGUUAAAACCAAGGUGAAUGCCGUUCGACGUCAAACACGACUUGAAAAAAAGAAAUUGGCUAUGGCAAUGCGUCAUAAACAACUGGGAGAUCUGGGGAUGAGUGCAACUGAAAGUGGGAAAAUCAUCUCAAAGCCCUCAGCUGUUAUUCAGGGGUUUGAAGAAAUUUCUAAUGAAACAGGAUUAACAUGUUGUAUCUGUCGUGAAGGUUAUAAAUAUCAUCCAAAUAAGGUUCUUGGUGUUUAUACGUUUACAAAAAGAUGCCUUUUAGACAGCUUUGAACUAAAACAAAGAAAAACUCAGGGCUACACGACUGUGAGUCAUUUUACUAUUGUACAUUAUGAAUGUCAUGUUGCUGCUAUAAGAUUGGCUCGAGGUCGAGAUGAAUGGGAAAGUGCUGCCCUUCAGAAUUCUAACACGAAGUGUAACGGUCUCUUACCACUUUGGGGACCCCAGGUUCCAGAGUCAUCAUUUGCUAGCUGCUUGGCAAGACACAAUAACUACAUUCAAGAAGCAACAAGUCACAUAGAGCCGACGUUUCAAAACACUCUUCAUGAUAUAAAGUUACUACUUGUCAGAUUUGCUUUUGAGAAAUCUUUCAACGAGGAUUCAGGAGGUGGAGGACGUCAGAGUAACUUCAACAUCAUACCAUACAUGAUACAUAUGGCUUUAUAUAUCAUGAACACAGCACGUAUUAGAAGUUUAGAGAAAUCAAUGACGACGUUUAUAGAAGAAACGCUUUCUUCUUGGGUACAGUCUUCGUUCGAGGUGAAUGGUCCCAUGUUCAUGAUUGUUCUUUCACUAUUUACACAUCAUCUUGACGAAUGGAAAAAAUUACGUUUGAUUUUUCUUCGAAGACUGAUCAUUUUAGCACAUGUUCGUCACGUGUCUCCCAAGGGUACAUCCAAACUUACUGACUGUGAAGUAAAACCAUAUAAUGUUUAUCGACCAAUACUUAUAUACUUCGCUCUUCUCGAUAAACUGCAACACGUUCUCAAGGCGAACGUUUUGUCAACAGCAACGUGGUCCCAAGAUCUCGCUUUUUUUAUUCGAAAUAACGAUGAAAAAGUGUUAAAGUUCUGUGAAGAGAUUGUCCGUUACUACCAAGAUGAUCUUCUUCCUGCUUCAUCGUUUCCUGAGAUAUGUGACGUCACAGGUAUACUUACGGAUGUUGGUGAUUCACAAAAGUUUAUUUCUGAUCUUCUAAAUUCCAUACCGUCAUAAAUAAAGACAAGUUUUUUCCUAUUGUUUAUGUUUUUUAUAGAAUGUAAUUGUAAAAUUUAUAUACGUAAAUAACAAUGAUGUUGAUGUGUUGUGCGUA